CGCCAUCUUUAGCUGACAGGCAAACUACCGAAGCAGCAGAGUUGUGAAGCGAAACUAGGUCAGGCGCUCGCAACACGAAAAGACUUUUGCAAACCUCGCUUCAUAAGCUUUUAGACAGAGUCUGCUAACUUCCCUACACACCGUGCUGUUCUAUGGUCCAAUGUGUUUGAUCGGUCGGCCAGCUCGAACGCAGUUUUCUUGUGUCGGUCCCGGUUGACGCUGAGUGAUCGCCUUUUCUGACAAACAUCCGACUAAGGCGAAAGCCAGGAUGAAACGAGUUCUCCAAGGGGAUGAGCAGGAGGACGGAGGUGGCACCAGCGGUGGUUCUCAGGAGACUCUUAAACGGCCCUGCAAGCAGAGGAGGGAGAAUGAUGAGGAGGAGGAGGAGGAGGAGGGCGCCCACUGGGAGUGUCUGCCUCAGGAGAUCCUGCUCCACAUCUUGCAGUACCUGCCUCUUCUAGACAGGGCUUACGCGUCUCAGGUGUGUCGAACAUGGAACCAGGCUUUUCACAUGCCCGAGCUGUGGCGCUGCUUUGAGUUCGAGUUAAACCAGCCAGCCAGCUCCUACCUGAAGGCCACACACCCAGACCUCAUCAAACAGAUAAUCAAAAGGCACUCCAACCAUCUGCAGUAUGUCAGCUUCAAGGUGGACAGCAGCAGAGAGUCUGCCGAGGCAGCGUGCGACAUCCUCUCUCAGCUCGUGAAUUGUUCUUUGAAAACAUUGGGGCUCAUCUCUACGGCCAGGCCCAGUUUCAUGGAGCUGCCCAAAUCUCACUUCAUCUCAGCUCUGACAGUGGUUUUUGUCAACUCCAAAUCCCUGUCCUCCCUGAAGAUUGACGACACACCCGUGGAUGACCCCUCCCUCAAAGUCCUAGUGGCCAAUAACAGUGACACACUCAAACUGCUAAAAAUGAGCAGUUGCCCUCAUGUCUCACCUGCAGGCAUCCUGUGUGUGGCUGAUCAAUGUCAUGGCCUGAGAGAAUUGGCUCUCAACUACCAUUUGUUGAGUGAUGAACUUCUCAUUGCCCUGUCCUCGGAGAAGCACGUUCACCUCGAGCACCUACGCAUCGACGUGGUUAGUGAGAAUCCUGGCCAACAGUUCCACACCAUCAAGAAGAGCAGCUGGGACGCCAUGGUGCGCCACUCUCCUAAAUUCAAUCUGGUCAUGUACUUCUUUCUCUAUGAGGACGAGUUUGGCCCUUUCUUCCGCGAUGAAAUCCCUGUCACGCAUUUGUACUUCGGCCGCUCCGUCAGUAAAGACGUGCUGGGCCGUGUUGGGCUCACCUGCCCGCGUCUUGUCGAGCUGGUGGUGUGCGCCAACGGGCUGCGGCCGCUGGAUGAAGAACUGAUCCGCAUCGCCCAGCGCUGCACGCAGCUGUCGGCCAUUGGCUUGGGAGAGUGUGAAGUGUCCUGCAGCGCCUUCGUGGAGUUUGUCAAGAUGUGUGGAGACAGACUGACACAGCUAUCCAUCAUGGAGGAAGUACUUGUCCCAGAUCACCGCUAUGGGCUGGAUGAUAUCCACUGGGAGGUGUCAAAGCAUUUGGGUCGUGUUUGGUUCCCAGACAUGAUGCCUACCUGGUAGAGCUCUGGAAGAAGAUGUCAGUUUGUAUGAGUUUAUGAGUGUGUGUGUGUGUGUGUGUGUGUGUGUGUGUGUGUGUGUGUGUGUGUGUGUGUGUGUGUGUGAUGUGCGAGUGUGUCCUCAUCUUUCUCCUUUCCUCGCCGUGAGUACCGUUUUUCCUCCCCGAAUACAUGAAGAAAUGACAUUUCUUUGGGUUUUGAUCUGAUAUGUUCAUAUGUUAAUUGAUUUCAACUCUACCGCACUGUUCCAUGUGUACAAUUUUUAUAUUUAUAUGUAUAUUUAUGUCUAAAUUUGUUUGUCACUCAUAACAUUUAGCACCUUGUUCUCUGAGCCAUUUUUCAUGGGCUGUGAAACCUGGUAGAUUGAUUAUGUGUAGUGUUGUGGGAGUAUUCAAGGGUGACACAUGUCUGUGGGAAAUAACAGGAACAUCUGGGAAUCACUGGGAAUGAAUGAGAAAUUUUGGUUGUAUAUUGGAAGUUGUAAUUUCUGCAUUAUGUGCAGACAGAUUCCUUAAAGGUUUUUCCAUAUGAUUAGUGGGCCUAAGUACAAAUCCUUCUAAUAGAAAUUAGAAACUUUACAGUAAUGAGUUUAAUUUCAGUUAAAUAACUAGAUAUAUUCAACAGAUUGUCAUCAUUACACUGCACUACAAAAUGUAUUUUAGGUCGUGUGGUAGUUUGAAAAACAGUCUUCAUGGGGGAUGGAAAAAUGCACAGAACUUUUAGAUGGGGAUGAUCACCAUUAUAAGCUAAUACUUUUUGUCGAUAUUCAGUUGAAAUUACCAAAAUUCCCAACAUUAACUGUCAUGGAAGAUUUUUUAAUUUUCAUUUUUGUUUCUGACACAUUACAACCCAAGUAAGAACACUUUGUGGCUGUACAAGACUACAGAAACGUUUCAUUUUAAAGGGACAGCCACCACAUGUGUGAAGCUUGUUAAUAGAGGUGGUCAGUUACGCAACUACAGUCAGGUAGGCAAUCGCACAUAACAAUUCCAUGUUGAAUCCAUAUGGCUUUGUUUGGUUUUGGUUUCCAUGUGUCUGUCAUCGUCUGUGUGUCUAUAUAAUGUAUUUGAAUGUGUUUCUGAGUCACUGCAUCUCAUUUAGAAACAGAACAGAACUGUCUCUUUCUCUGUCCUUUAAUUUGACAUGGACAGGGCUAAAGUCAGUUCCAUCUCAAGGUGGUGCUCUUAAGUGACUUUGGCCAUAAUCAUGUAAGUCUGUGUGUGUGUGUGUGUGUAUAUAUAUAUAUAUAAACACACACACACACACACACACACACACAUACAUACAUACAUACAUACAUUUACAUGUAUAUGUAUAUGUAAAAGUGAUGUUUGAACAUAUUUUUGUGUGUAAUGUACAGUAGCUAUAUUUCUGCAUUGCCUGACAUCCCUAUUGCAGUUAUAAUUGUAAAUAUCAGAGCGUUUUUUUUUUGCAAAACAAAUGGGAGAGAGAGUUUUGAAUUGUCGACGUCAUAUAUCUGUACAUUUACUGAAUCCUACUGAUGCACUUUUACUCUAAUGAAGGACGCAAAAUAAGCUACAAUGUCAUUAGGGCAUGAGAUUAACAGAUUUUGCAGCCAAAUGGUGGUAUGUUUUGGUAGUAUUUAGUGAAUCUGCCAGCGAAUCACCCUUGGUAGCUAACCUGCUUUUUGUGGAGUUGUUUUCUUACAAACAGUGUAGGUUCCAAGAAAUUGAACUGGCAGGUGGAAUUGUUUAAUUAUUGACAUUUGACUCACAAAAUUAAUUCUGGAAAGCUUCUGGGACAGGGACAAACCAAACCUGCUCGACAGCACAAUCAAGCACCAUGCUGAUAGCAGUCUACCUAAGAAAGAUAUAUUCUGGCUUAACAUUUGUAAAACAAGCAAACAAAAGGGUGACCCCUGGGGGAACUCUCAAAUGGUCUUUUAAGUGGUCUUUUAAUGCAUGAACAAAAUCUGAUUUAUUUAAUGCUUACUGAUGCUGUUUAACAUUAGAAAUGUUUGUAAAGCACAGCAGAGAAAAGGUCUGUAUUUUAAAUUAUGCUGAUAGACACAGAAAAUACAAAAACUGUUUUUCUGUAUGUGAAUUUAGCUCAGAUGUACAUGGUGACAUAAUUAAGGAGAGAGGAUUUAAGUUCUAACACAGGGCUGCACAAUUAUGACCAAUGCUCAAACAAUCGUACAGAAACAAUUGCCAGGUCUACAAUAACAAUGUUUUUUUUUCUAUUUAAAUUGAUGGUGGUACUUUAUAUUUGUCCUAUAUCAUAUUUAGCUUUUGCAAAAAAAAAAACAAACAAAAAAAAAAACAGGAAGUGCCACAUCAUCCGGAAACUCCAGUGUUUAUUUUGGAUGUGGCAGCUGUUUUAAUGUAAUUGAUAAAAAUAGAACAUGAUGAUGUUAAUGAGGUAAUUGUGCAGCCCUGCAGACAGGACAGCGCGGCAGCUGAAUGUUGAUGAAAGUGAAUGUUUUGCGGAAUGUGCAAGAAGGAAAUAUUUAUGUCUCACUAUUGUUUUGUUGCAGUGGAAUGAAAGAAUACUAGUUGGAACAUGUCUUAAGGUGGACUAAUUAAGGAUGUUGCCUGUGGACUUACUGAAAGAUGUCAACCCUUGGACUGUGCAAUGAAAGUACCUGUAAAUCAUUAUGUUCAGUUAAAGUGGAUAAUUAUUUUACAGGGUUGAUAUAGUGUUUUGUGUAUUUUAUUUGAAAAUGUUAAUUGAAAAAAGAAAUCACAACUUCACAUUAAUAUUUCUUCAUUUGUUGCCCUCCAGUAGGGACCCAUGAUCAUGUCUUAAUUUUAUGUUUUCUGUUUCUGAAGGUCAACAAGGCCUGGGAAUGGACUUUAUCCUUUACUGACUCAGUACAUUUUAUUGUAUAUCUAUAAAAACAUGCCAUCUGCUGGUUAAUAUUAACUGCAUUUGUAUUCAGUGCUUAUAGAUUAUUAUUGUAAUAUUCAAGUACAGGCCAAGUAAGGGCUGCAGUUUUUUUAAUAGAGUGUACAGUGAUUGUGUGUUUUUUUUUUGUUUUUUUUUUUUAGCUAAACAAGGCUGUACUUAGAUUUAUUGGAAGGUAACCUCUUGUACUUUCCCCAAAGAUAUGUAAUAUUUAAGUAAAGUUCAUAGCCACAUUAAAAAUGCCUGUUUGAA